GUUAUUCCGCACGGCGUGCUCGCAAACAGAAGGAAAAUGCAAACUCCAAGAUUGCUUUUGCCGCAUAUCUUGAGAAGCACCCAUUACCUACAGAGGAAAUCGUCUCCAUCACUUCGAAAACCUAUCGGGAGCUAAUCACCUCCCUGCAAUCCGGUGAAUUAACGCCCCAGAAACUCCUUCUUGCCUACCAGCAUAAAGCAUUUGAGGUCGAUCGUCGUUGCAAUUGUGUUACUGAAUUUCUUCACCCGGAUUUCUCUGAAAUCAACUUGGAUGGUCCAUUCGCAGGCAUCCCAGUUAGUCUGAAGGAUAAUUUUACUGUCAAGGGCUGCGAAUCUUGCGCCGGCAUGUCCCACUUUCUGACGGGUUGCGCUAAAGAAGAUGCCCUCCUUGUCAGCGUAUUGAAGUCAUUGGGUGCUGUGCCGUUCGCUCGGACUACUGUACCGCAAACGAUGCUCAGUGUAGUUUCCUCGAACCCCAUCGAUGGUAUGACCCGGAAUCCUUUGGAUUUGAAUCGAAGCCCUGCCGGGAGUAGUUCCGGUGAGGCAGCGUUGAUUGGAGGUGGUGGAUCUGUCUUCGGUCUCGGCACUGAUUUGGGUGGCAGCAUUCGUUUACCCGCGGCUAUGUGCAAUAUUGUCGGCUUCAAACCUACUCCUGGACGUUUAAGUCAACUUGGGAUGUUCAAGAUACACCGUUUGACAACGGUGACCUCGACGCCGGGACCACUUGCACGGGACGUGGAGACGUGCAUGUCAGUCGUCAAAGCUCUCUUCAAUUCGCAUUUGCAUCGCGAAUUUGACUACUUCGUUCCACCGUUGAAGUACUCGGACGAACACUCCUUCGAAGUACCUCUAAGAAUAGGAUACUUCGUUACUGAUGGUUCCUUCACACCAGUUCCAGCAGCCCAGCGUGCGGUCAUGCAUGUCAAAGCGAAACUGGAGGCCCGCGGGCACGAGCUAGUGCCCUGGCAGCCCCCAUUCAAAGGAUGCCAGUGGCUUUCCCUCUUCGUUACCGGUGUGUAUGCUGAUGGUAUGCAGCCGCUGCUUCGUGCGCUCCAUUACGAUGCCAUUGAUGAAGCCAUCGCUGGCACUGUGAAAUUAAUGCGAGCUUGGCGAAUUACUCGCUAUUGGAAAUACCUGUUGACCCGGUUUUUUGGUAGCCCUGAUGACUUAGUUGUUCUUCGCGCGUUAUCUGCCGUACAUGAUAUUCCAAGUAUGCUUCAGCAUACCCAAGAGGUGGAGGCCUUUCGUCGACAAAUUUACUCUCAUUGGCGGGAAGCCCGCCUGGACGCUCUCAUUUGCCCAGCCUUUGGUUUGGCCGCUCCGCCGCCUCUGAAGCCGAAACACAGAUUUACUGGAAUGUUGUCCUAUCUGAAUUUGUUUAACCUGGCUAACAUGCCAGCGGGAUGCCUACCUUCUGGAAUUAGUGUGUGUGAAGAUGACUUGGCCGCUCUAAAGCCUUCCGUUGAUGGAAGUUCGACGCGAUACCAGUGGAACUCCCUAGUUCUUGAGCUUCAACGUGACAUCCAUGGUUUCCCCGUCAGUAUCCAGGUAGCUGCGGCUCCGUGGCGAGAUGAAAUUUGUUUGCAUGUGAUGCGCGAAGUUGAGGAUGCUGUCAAAUGCCAACCGAAUCUCCUGUAAUGAACUAAUUAUCCUUCAAACUUUAUUUCAUCUUCUUGCUGCAAGAGAUGUUUCAAUUGACUCGAAAUGGACUUUUGAUGCUGAUUUCAAUGAUGUAAUGCAGUUUCGUUUCAGAUGUGUCCACGUCUCACUCAAAUAAACGUAAUUUUUCAACUGAA